CCGGGUGUCACAGUGCUGUUCACCAGAGGUCACGUGAGGUGCAGGGGUGCGGGACAUCUGAAGACAUGUCGUCUGUCCCAGAACACCUGCCUCUCAGGGACUGUCCGCGCUCAAAUUCCUGCGAGCAGCUCACACCUUCCACCGUGAGCACAGUCCUCAACCUGUCCCACAACAAGAUCUCCUGGACCCUGCAGCCCACAACGGGAAACUGCGAGUACUACUGGCAGGCCAUCCUCCUCAUGACCUCGGGGGGCAGCGUGCUGAUCUGCGGGAUGGUGCUGAGUGGACUUUACCAUGCUGGCUUCUCCAAAAUGGCCACAAAUAUCCUGGGUCCCACCCUGCUGUCAUUGGGGCUGAUGGUGCUGGUGGUGGGUUUGGUUUUGAUGCCCGUAACACGACAAAUGAGGGAUCAGAGCGCAGCAAAACACCUCUACAAGCCUCACAUAAACCUAUGAGGAGAAUGUAAGGCAAGAGACUACAGGUGAUUUUGAGCUUUUUUUUCUUUCUUUCAGAGCAGGGUUAUUAAAAAGUGUGUGUUACUUGAAAUAAAGCUAAAAUAAAAUAUAAAUAUUAGAUGGAGCACUAAAAUUAC